AUGCAGAACAUCAGCCAAGACACCUGGCAAGACUGCAUUCGUCUCUUCAAACAAACUGAGAUGAUCUGUGAUGCAGCAAUUUUCACCAGUUAUCCCCCCUGGGUGUUAGCUUCUUAUCCUGAAGGUAACUUCUCUCAGAUCUCCCAGGAAGAAAUCCAGGUCUUGCUGUCAAAAAAUGAGAGGGAAAAACUGUUUCUCCAUGGAGUCACCCUUGCUGGGAUCAGAUGCCUGUUGAUCAGGGACAACCUGUAUACCGAAGGCAACAACACCAUGGACCUGCGCACCAAAAGCCAAAGUCGAAGCAGCCAGGCAGUGACAGUAGUUCAAAUGGAGUCAGUGUACAUUGUGGUGAUGGGGAAACGAGGGACAGAAGGAGGGCCUCUCAAUCUUAAAGCUUUUGAACUAGCAGGUUACAUGAGAGAAAUCAUUCUCCAGAAAAUGGCCCGUGUCUAA